AUGACGACCAAUGCGUCUCCAGAGCCUUCCGGUUGGGAGUUCACCAAAGAGACUGUGAUCCGGUUGCAGAACCAGGAUCUCUACAACGACAUGGUGGAGCGGCCCUUGGUGGUCUCUUUGCGGGACGCGGCGGCGGACAAUGCACCCAUCGGCACAGGGGAGAUCAGUUUGGUGCCCCUGCUGCACGACGCCACCGAGGUGUCCUUAGACUUAGAGCUCAAGCUGGCACCCGACUACUACGCCAAGUGGUGGAAAGAUGAUGAAGCGGAUGAUCCCAAGAAGAAGGACAAGAACAAGGCGCCAGCAGAACCUGCCAAGGAGCGCGAGCCCUUGUUUGAAGGGGAUGCGCCACCACCCACGAUCCUGACGGUCUCUGUGAAGGUGGAAGAUUUGGUGGGGCCUAUGGAGGAUCGCGAGUGUUGGACCAUCCUGACCUUGGGAAUGGAAGGUGUUUUCGCCUUGCCCGAAGCACUGACCUCACUGGGUGUGACCAGUCCGGAUG